AUGAUCGGUAGUUUGGAUUGUCGUCAAUGGCGUUGGUAUAAUUGUCUAACCGCAUGGCGAGGUCAAUACACACACGUUGACCAGAAAGGGCCAACGUUGGUAGAACAAACGGUCGCCUCGUACGACCUUUGGGUUUGGUCGGCCUUCUUUGGUCUUGCCGGGUGUAUGAACGACAUUAAUACUUUCGUGUUUUCACCAUUGCUAGAGGGUUACAUUUCCUGUACGAUACCGAAAGUCAGGUUUCAUGCAAACGGGAAUGACUCCGAGCAUGGAUACUAUUUGGGCGAUGGUAUAUACCCGGAGUAUUCAAAUAUAGUAAAAACGUUUUCUGAAACGCUCGAUAUGAAAAGACAAUAUUUUAAGAAACUACAAGAGUCUUCGCACAAGGAUAUCGAGAGGUGUUUUGGAGUCCUUCAACAACGAUGGCAUUUUAUUAGAAAUCCUUGUAGUAUGUGGGAUAAAGAAAGAAUUAUAAUGGUGAUGUAUGCUUGUAUCAUAAUGUAUAAUAUGAUUUUAGAAGACGAAGGAAAAACAGCCUACCAAAACUAUUUUCCGGAAGAUGUUGUUGAAGGAACGCAAGCAACGAUGGAGGAGAGAAUCUUAAACGACCAACUAUUUCGUUCAAGGGAGUUACACAACGCAAUAAAGGCGGAUUUAGUCGAGCAUGCUUGGGCGAUUCGCCCUAUUAGACACGACGGCGACAACCAAGAGGACUUCAAAGAAGAAGAAGGAGAUUUCGAAGUUGGAGCCUUUGAAAACGAAGGUUUGGAUGAAGGAGCUAACGAAGAAGAAGGCGAAAAUGACGAUGAAGACAUGUAG